AAAGUUUGGGUAACAGUCCGCUGAAGCAAAGACGCACAGAGGAACAAUGACAAACGGCGGUAGAAAUGGUGAAGAAAACAAAAAUCUGAUGAACGGAGAGGCCAAGGCUGAGCCAGAGACAUUUGCGCAAUUCUUGUACAAUAAGGAUAAGGGAACAGUACUCGGCAGGACAGGAACCUCUUGGUGCCAAAUCACAGUAUUUUAUAUCAUCUUCUACAUCUUCCUGUCAGCCUUCUUCAUUGGAUGUCUCUCAAUUUUCCUGAGAACACUGGAUCCCAAAGUGCCUCGCUUCUACGGUAAAGGAACAAUCAUCGGAGUGAACCCGGGUGUUGGUUAUCAGCCUUGGUUGAAAGAAAAUCCUGAUUCUACACUGAUCAAGUUCAAUCUGCAAGACUCCAAAUCCUGGGAGCCAUAUGUGAAACAGCUCGACAAUUACCUUUCCAAGUACAAGAACACCAAUGAAACCAGAGAUUGCGGAGCCAGUGAUAAUAACGAUGCUCUUGAAACCGACACAGACACUUUUCCAUGCCGCUUCGACCUUGGACUCUUCGAAAAAGCCAAUUGUGGAGCAAAGGAUCAAUAUGGAUACAAGAGUGGAAAGCCAUGUGUCGCUGUUUCCUUGAACAGACUUAUUGGAUGGCGUCCAGUCAAUUAUGACGAUGGAAGUGUUCCAGAGGAGAUCAAGGGCAGAUACAAGCCUGGAUCAAUCACCAUCAACUGCGAAGGAGCUACUUCAUUCGACAAGGAACAUCUCGGAAAAGUCAAGUACAUCCCGGAGACCGGAAUUGACGGACGCUACUACCCAUAUGUAUUUGUUCCAUCUUACCAGCAACCAAUUGCUAUGGUCAAAUUCGACACGAUCCCCCGCAACAAAUUGGUCAUCGUCGAGUGCCGUGCCUACGCUUCCAACAUCGAACACGACAUCUCCACUCGCCUUGGAAUGGUCUAUUUCGAGUUGUUCGUCGAAGACAAGAAGCCCGUCGCUGCACCAGCCGCUUAAAUAAAUUUAUGCAUUGAACGCUCAACAAUCUCAAAUCAAACUUUUUUCGACCUCGGUUCAAUUUUCUCUUAAACAAACUAUUUUCCAUUUUUCCCCACAAUUUCUUUCGUUUCGAAAAGUUCCAUCCUUUGUACUAUCCCACACAUCAACUGCAAUUAAAUGAAACAAAAAUAGAAAAUUUAAGUUUGAAAUCAAUCUAAAUGUUUUAUUUGGGAACAAAAACUUGGCAAAACUAAUCAAAACAAAACGAUGAAAACAAGCAUUUCGAGAUUUUGAGCCCACAUUCCAAAUAGUAGUUGAACCACCCAAACCAUCAUCCAUCAAAAACAUUUUCUAUGUAUUAUCCCUGUUUUAUAUGUAACCGCAUCUUUUUAUCCUUCAUUCAUACUAAUUCUCUCAUGACGGCAGUACUGUAUCUAUUUUCCUUCUUCCUCAGUCACCUCAUUUAUCCUUCAUUUUUCUUGCAAAACAAAGAACACACAAAUUUGUGAUUUGAUUUCAUUUACACAAACGGUUCUAAACAUGUUCAUCCACUCAAACUUUUCAAAUUCUGAUCAAUUCUUUAAGACUUCCCAUUGAAUUUUCUUCCUAUCGCAAUGAUUGAUUACUUUUUAAAAAUAGAGAUUAAGAAUGUCGUAGCGCCUUAUUUCCAUAAUUCUGUUUUUUCUUAAAUAAAAA